AUGCCGCCUCGCCUCGCCUCGUCCCGCCUCGUCCCCGCCCUCGCGCUUUUCGCGCUCCUCUGCUUCGCGCGCGUGGAUCACGCCGCGUGCAACGCGCGCUCGCUCGGCCUUCCGCGUUUCGCGGGGAGGUUCGGCGGGUUGGUGGGGGGAGCGGGGACAGGCGGUAGCUGGUCCUUCUUCCGCCCCGCCCGGACCGGCGGCGGUGGCGGAAAUGGGGCGACGAGCGGCGGGCAGAGCGGGCAGGGCGGGUUGGGCUCGCAAGGAGGUGGCGGAAUGAGCGGACAACCGGGUAGCGCGGGCGGGGGAGGCAUGGGCGGAGGGGAAAUGGGCGGAGGAGGCAUGGGCGGAGGAGGCAUGGGCGGAGGAAGCAUGGGCGGAGGAAGCAUGGGCGGAGGAGGCAUGGGCGGAGGAGGCAUUGGCGGAGGAAGCAUGGGCGGAGGAAGUAUGGGCGGAGGAAGUAUGGGCGGGGGAAGCAUGGGCGGAGGAGGCAUGGGCGGAGGAGGCAUGGGCGGAGGAGGCAUGGGCGGGGGAGGCAUGGGCGGAGGAGGCAUGGGGGGAGGAGGCAUGGGGGGAGGAGGCAUGGGCGGAGGAGGCAUGGGGGGAGGAGGCAUGGGGGGAGGAGGCAUGGGGGGAGGAGGCAUGGGGGGAGGAAGCAUGGGGGGAGGAGGCAUGGGCGGAGGAGGCAUGGGGGGAGGAGGCAUGGGGGGAGGAGGCAUGGGCGGAGGAGGCAUGGGGGGAGGAGGCAUGGGGGGAGGAGGCAUGGGCGGAGGAGGCAUGGGGGGAGGAAGCAUGGGGGGAGGAGGCAUGGGCGGAGGAGGCAUGGGCGGGGGAAGCAUGGGCGGAGGAGGCAUGGGCGGAGGAAGCAUGGGCGGAGGAGGCAUGGGCGGGGGAGGCAUCGGAGGAGGCAGCGGGUCAUUGGGUGGGAGUGCGUGUGGCAACAGCAGCAGCAGCAGGAGCGCCAAGCUCACGAGCAGCAAUGGCAAGAGGUGCGCCCACCCACCCACCCGCUCUGCCAUGCUGCCUUGCUUGCCUUGCCACUCUGCUUGCACGCUCAAGCCAUCACGUCCGCUCAUCACUUCCCCUCAUGCAUUUCCUUUCCAUCUGUUUUCCUGCCCCCAUUUCUCCUGCCAAUCACCCUCUUCCCCCUGCCCUAACCCCCCUCUGCCCUGCUCCCCCACCCCUCCCAAUGGCAGGGUGAUGGCAAGCAACGGGUGUCCGGGGUACGACUGGCGAGUGCAGGCCACGCUGUACUCGCCGCUGCAGCAGGCGCUGUCCUUUGCCGUGCCGCUCGCCCCCACGCUCUCCUCUACCUCUAUUCCCGUCGCCCUCCGCGGCACCUGCAAGAUGGGACCCAUUGGCUUCGCACUUAACGGCGUGCCCUUCUACAGUGCAUGUGACGCCCUGGGUCGGGACGCCUUGCAGUAUGAGGGCGCCACGGACGCCUUGCAGUACGAGGGCGCAACCUUUGACACGUGUGGGGGGCACCCCACGCCCUCGGGCCAGUACCACUACCACGUCGCGCCCGGCCUCGCCAACCCCUCGGCCAUCUCCGCCUCUUGCACCACCGACUUCCAGCUCUGCAGCUCGUCUUUCUGGCAGGACGCCCCGGGCCAGCACUCCCCCCUCGUGGGCUUCCUAGCAGACGGCAUUCCCCUCUACGGCCCGCGGGGGGCAGGGGGAGCGCUGCCCUCUGGGCUGGAUGAGUGCGGGGGACACGUGGGCGACGGCAGUGGGAGCGAGCCGGCGUUUUACCACUACCAUGUCGGCAGCACAGCGCCCUACACCGUGGCGUGCCUCAAGGGCUGUGUGUCGUCGUCUGACUGGGGCACCCUCGGCUCCGCCUUUUGCAGCAAGGCCAGCAAGCAAUACGACUACUCGCCCCUGGCAGCCGUGCAGGCAGCAUAG